UUAUUAUUUUGGUUUGUUCACAAUAUCAUUUUCACUUUUAUUUAUAAUAUAUAAUAUGAUCAACAAACUCCACUUACAAUAAAACACGUGUCGUCUACAAAAUGAAAACGAUAUCAUGAAUGGAUUGCAUUUGAUGCAAAAUACAUAAGGAAUUAUUAAAUUUAAACUUGAAAUAUUUGAUCUGAGAAAUACCUCUCAUUCCACUUGAGAGCUUACAAUAGAUAUGUUUUAGUGAUUAAAAAGUCAGGAGUCUGACUUAAUAGUGUACCCAAAAGUUUUCAAUAUAAAUUGGCAGCGUGAGUGAAAUAUGAGUGUGUGAGACAUGGCAUCCCUAUCUCAAAUCUGUGCUCAUAUCUACACCAUGGCAAUGCUCUUCUUCUCCAUCCUCCUCCUCGAGCUCGCCAUCCUCGUCCGCGGCGCCGCCCGGGCCACCCCCCGCCGCUCCCUCACCACCGAUCAAUUCCUCAAAAUCAUCGAUCAAAAGGCUCCGGCACGGCGGUACGCGGCGGGGCUGGGGUUCGAAACCUCGGAGUGCAGUGUUUGCCUAUGCCUCUACGAGGAUGGAGACGAGGUGAGGAAGCUCAAGUGCAAGCACACAUUCCACAAAGGCUGCGUUGACACGUGGCUGCAGCAGGACUCCGCCACGUGCCCCCUCUGCCGGCGGCCGGUGCUGCCGGUGGACGUGGUGCUGAAGCACCGCAACCACCGGCUGCAGGAGUACUACGACGGCGGCGAUGAGGAGCUGAUGAUGAUGCUCUACGCCUUACAUGGUAAUUUCUUGAGGAGGUUUUUUUGAUUAUUUUAAUUUUAAAGAUUGUAAAUUUAUUUUAUUUUACUUUGGUAGGUGUACACUAGUUAGAAUUUUGUCUCUUAUUUUUGUUAUCUAGCUAUUUUAUCAGGUUACGCGGCUUACGCCAUAUCUAUGAGCAAACAUUUAAUUUAA